AUGAGAAUUAAAAAGUCAUUUAUAAUUGCAAUGUUAAUACAAAUAUAGUAAUAAUAAUUUUUAACAUUUAAGUACUAUACAUAUCUUUAAAUAAAGUUUGAUCAGAAUGAUGUAGCUUUUUUUAAUAUUUAAUUAUAUGGAUAUGAAGCAUAAUAGCAAAAAAGUUUAGAUAAUUUAUAAGUUUAACCUAUUCAAUUUGGUACAAAAAUUAAUUUAAAAAAUCAAAAAAAAGAUACAAAAGAUAGACAUUAAUAAGAAAUUAAUAAAUUUUCAUAACAGGAGAAAUAGGAUCUUGAAGAUGCAGUAAAAAAUAGUUUAAUUAGUUAUCAAACUAAGGAGAUGAAUAAUAAAUAAAUCAUAGAAUCUAUUAAAUAUGCUGAAUAUUUCUAGUAAUAACAAGAAUAUGAAUUUUAAGAUUUGGGUAUAGAGAUUGAGAAGGAAGAUAAUGAUUUAUAGAAAUAUUAAUAUGAAUAGAAAAAAUAACCUUAAUUAAUGAGUGAAAAUCUAGGCUACACUGAUAAUAAAAAUGUUACUAAUUUUGGAUUUAAGAGAAAUACUCAAGAAAAAAAAGGAUAUCAAUAAUAAUAACAAUAAUAAUAAUAGAAUAAUGUUGAUCCAAUUAAACUACAUCUUAUGACAAAGUAUAAAGCAGAAGAUAUUAAUGAGGCUUUUAUGAAAAUGCAUUAAUUAUGUAGAAUAAUUUCAUGAUUUGUAGUGGAGGAAACAGGUGGAGUGAAGAGAUUUCUAGAAAAUGUGAUGUUUAAUUGA